AUGUCGCAAUUUCCGACUCUCCCCCGCGAAAGCACUCUCGCGUCCCUCCCGGCCGAAUACCCAACAGACGCACAAGACCAGAUCUCGCAGAUCCUCAGCACAGCUUCCAUAAACCGUCUUGUUGUUCUAGACGACGAUCCAACCGGUACCCAGACUUGCCAUGACAUCAAUGUCCUCACGGUCUGGGAUAUUGCAACAUUGACCGCCGAAUUGCGUACCGAUUCCCGAGGCUUCUUCAUCCUAACCAAUUCGCGCGCCCUCCCUCCAACAGAAGCAGAGACCCUCAUUCGAAACAUAUGCGAGAAUGUAUCGUCGGCCGCAAAUGCUACGGGCAAUAAAGUUGACAUCGUGCUGCGAGGCGAUAGUACAUUGCGCGGACACUUCCCACUAGAACCGGACGUUGCGCAGUCGGUAUUCGGAGCUGCCGGUGCAUUGGUCCUGGCUCCGUUCUUUUUCCAGGGCGGUCGUUAUACAAUCGACGAUGUGCAUUAUGUUGCUGAGGGUGAUAACCUCGUUCCUGCGGGGGCGACGCAAUUCGCAAAGGAUGCGACGUUCGGAUACAAGUCCUCUAAUCUGCGGGACUAUGUGCUUGAGAAAGCGCCUGGUCGGUACUCGGCCGAUCAAUUGUACUCUGUUACCAUUGAUGAGAUUCGAAAAGGUGGACCUGAAAUAGUUUGUCAGAAAUUGCUUGCUGCACCGGCUGGUGGCGUAGUGAUUGUUAAUGCGGCAGCGGAAUCGGAUAUGCACGUUUUUGUUGCCGGGUUACUGCUGGCCGAGUCGCAGGGCAAACAUUUCCUCUACCGUACCGGUGCAGCGUUCGUCUCGACUCGACUCGGUAUCCGAUCGAAAGCCCCGAUCUCCGCGAUUGAACUCGGUCUCCCCUCUCCCAGACAGGCAGGUGGACUUAUUGUGGCUGGGUCCUAUGUUCCUAAAACAACGGCACAAUUAAAGGUUCUGACCGACCGUCGAGGCACGACGGGUCAGCUUGCAAUUAUUGAGAUCAAGGUGGAGGAGCUUAUCGCUUCGCCAGAGACCGCUUCAAAGACCAUCGCACAGAUCGUCAAAGAGACAGAGGACUACCUGAAGGCCGGCAAAGACACACUGGUCAUGACAAGUCGAAAGCUCAUCACGGGCGACGACGAGAUAUCCUCCUUGAAGAUUGGGUCUGCAGUUGCGGAAGCUUUGGUCAGCGUUCUGCAAAGGAUUGAGGUUCGGCCGCGGUACAUCAUUGCCAAGGGAGGAAUCACUUCAUCAGACGCCGCUACCAAGGGCUUGAAUGCUAAACGCGCACUUAUUGUUGGCCAGGCAGCCCCUGGUGUCCCCCUUUGGCGAUGUGAUGAAGAAACAUCUCGUCAUCGCGGUGUGCCUUUCGUUGUCUUCCCUGGUAAUGUUGGUGGAGAGACGACAUUGAGCGACCUCGUUGAGGGGUGGAGUUAA